AUGGCUUCCAUUUUCGAAGCAGCGGAUGUUCCGGAACUUACCAAACUGGCACGCGACCUAUAUCUUACAUGCAAUUCUAUCUCCGGAGAUGCCCCUGACGGCUUCAAUCAGCUUGUGGCGAGCCUGGAAUCCCUGCAUAGCGUGUUUCAGACCCUGAAAGAUGAUGUCAGCUCCAGCAAGAUCGAGCUUUCAGAGUCAGAUGAGGAAUGCAAGCAUACCCUCCAUCGGUGCCUGAAUUCAUGCUCAGGGACCUUACAGCAGCUGAAGGAGGUGGUCGACAUGUACCGAAAUCUAGGGUUUGAGAACGGUAGACAGCUAUGGCAGUCCAUAGAUUGGAUGACACAGCAAGCAUUUAUUGACGAUCUUAAGUCUAAGAUCGUGACUCAUACAUGCCAUUUGGGCGUAUGUGUCGGCUCUCUCACAAAGCCUUCGUUAGAAAGAACCGAAAGCUCAGCGACAAAAGAUUCGGCAAAAGAUAUACCUCCCCCAACUCCUUCAUCUUGGCAGGCACAUGACGACGUCUCGCCUAUUUCGAUUUCAGUAUCUACGCCUCGCCAGCAGAAUGUCUUCAUCCUAGCGGAGCUAGAAGGAACACAACCAAGCAGGUCAAAUCCCGCCGCUCCACAACCCGCAUGUCCGCCAGAAGACCCCUCUCAUGUUUCAGCUUCCUCCGAAUCCAUUGUGUCGGGGCACUCAGACACGUCUAGUUUCACGGCUACUACGUACACCUCACCUACUAGUCCAGCUACUUCGACUUACAGCCCUUCGCAAUCAGUUGUACCAGAGGUCUUUUCGACGGAGAAAGAAGUGGUUUGGUCUCGUGGACCAGGAUCUGGAUUCUCAGCUGUCCAACAUCAAGGGCGAAUUCACCGGUCAACCUCAAUAAAACCAGGCGAGUCAACGCCGUGGGGUAGCCCUGGCCAUUCAGGAGCUGAUGCGAUACAAGAACUCCACCGACGGCAACUACGAGAGCAGCUGUUCCGAUCGCUGCGGUGUGAACCACGUGAUAAGAUGCAUCAGCCUGAUGCAGAACUUCUCGCAAGUUUUGAUCAUAUAGCCCACAAGGAAGAGCGGGCCCAGCAACUCACGGCGAGAUGCUGGCUGUUAGUUGCUGUGUGGUGGCUUCUGAAGCUGCUUUUGUGGGAUGAGAUCAGAAAAAUGAUCUCAGAUCUAUCAGACGGGCUCAAAGAAGACUUUGGGCAAUUUAGUGCCGUGGAUAUACCCGAUUACGCUGCGAUUCAUUCGCAAAACCUCGACUUCUGGGAACCUAUACAGCCCGAAGAGAUGAUUGGGAAGGAUGGCCAACCAGCUAAGCCAGGGAACUUCUGCUAUAUUACAGUAGAACUGGAGGAUGCUGGUGAAGAGGAUGAGCAAGUUCUUUUCCGCACUUUCGUGAAUGCAGGGAUCGGGGCUAAGAAGCUCCGUAUGCGAUCCAGAGGCGCUCCAUACAUGUUACUUUUGUCUACAAAGUAUGGUGAAAGCGAGCCCAAAAUUAGCCUCUGUAACCAAUACGGAACAUUUUGUCUACAACGAGACUUGGCACCAGGGGAUCUAGCUCAGCUGAUCCAGGUAUCAAAUGCAUCACUCACCAAUCUAUCCGUGCCAAAGCCAACAGAACCUCUGACCCUGAAAUUUGACGCUAUGACUUUGUCUAUUUCAUUUCAAUACAUGUCAGAUAUUAUGCAAGUGAUCAGCAUGCCCAAAGCAUACUUCGAUGCCGUCCAGAUACGGGAGCCACUUGAUUCCGACCAAUUCACAGAAAAGGUUGUUUUCAAAAGUCCGGCCGAAACAGUUGAGCAGUUGAGGAUGCCUAGCAUGGUGUCAACCAGUCCUCCCACAUUACACAGAUCCUGCGAAGUGCGCAUCUUGGAAAGGUCUUUUGGCGAGGCGUGGCGCUCUAUCCGGCGCAUGGUCAUCAGUUCUUCAAUAGCUGACAAGCCCGGGCAGGCUACCGAAUUUUUCAUGCCACUGAGUCAUGUACAAGUCAGCCGUACGACGGCUUCUGGGUUCAUCUUGCUGAAAUGGUCAGACACGGGCCAGGAAAGGUCCAGCAAAACAGACGGGAACUACCAUCCACUUUUCACUUACGUGUAUGACGGCAGCAAUCCAAACAUAGGCCUUGGUAUCCAGUUUCGCUCACAGGAGGCUGUGGAGGAACUGGAAAAGGCUGUUCUGGGUCUAAGCCAGAAGCCCGCCUUCACCUGGUCUCAGGCCAAAAGCUCAGGGCAGGUCUACGAGGUUGCUGACAUUGCGCCCGAUGAGAAACGCUACAAGGCGGUGAUGAUAUGUCGCACUCGUGCGGAAUGGAAGCAGUGCAGUCUACAUUAUCUCUUCAGGGAUAUGGACUACCUGUACGACCAUUCUAAUCUCCGUGUGAGAUUUCCCCGUGCAUUAUUCGCCACUUACAUAUCAUCACACGUUGACCAGCUAUAUCGGGCUGACGGUCGAGUGUUCUUCUCUCACUGCGAAAAAGAGUUCAAGGAUAUGACGUUGGAGUUUCACGAAGAGCAUGUGCUGAUGGCAUUCAUGUCCUCGCUUGCAUCAACAUACAAGCUGGUCUUCUCCAGGAGAGCCACAUCCCUCACGACUAAGGAAAAGCUGCUAGUCCUCGGUCCUAGAAAGUCAGUGAAAGGAGACUCACAAGUCCAGCUAUGGCGUGAUGGAAAUACCAUUCGCCUUGCUGCGCGUUGGAGCGACCGUAUAACGGACAGGUGGCUCACAAUGACCAUACCACCAUCUGAACCAUCCAGAGCCGGAAACCUGGUCAGCUUCCCCCCAAGCAGCUAUUCACGGGGGAUGGUCCUCAACAUGACAAAGAUAGCUUCGGGGGCAGCCAAGAAUCAGAAUAGAGAGCACAAAACAGGGCCAAUUACGAUCACCUUUCCCAAUCUAAAAGGUACGCCUUCCUUUGCAUAG